AUGCUGAAUAAACUUACAGUUGAAGUAUAUAACUAUGUAAUGGGUACAGUAAUUGAAAGUAUGAUAUCAAGAUUUUCUAUUAAUAGUGAAUUGUUGACAGAAUUGGACCUUUUGUCACCUAUACAAUUUUUAGCACAUAAGAAAUCGUUACCACAUCAAGCUUUCAAAACUUUAUCAAAAAAUAUAUUGAAAUUUACCAACUAUAAAACUGAAAAUGAAGUUUACAAUCAAAUUCACGAAGAAUUUAUAAGUUUUUUAAAUAGUUGGGAAUUUUUAAAAGGGUCAAUUUCCGAUAAGUAUGAAAUAAUGAACUGGGAGCUUAAAAAUGACGAGGAUGAUUUUGAAAGUGAUUGA